AUGUACGGAUCGGAGACUUGGGCAGAACCGUCUGCGCUUAUGGAGAGGUUUGACUGCAAAGAAAGAAACUUAGACGGCUGCUUGGCUACUUUUGACCUAGGGAGACCGGCAGAUCGCCUUGUUCAACGAGUUCUGAGAAGUUUGUCGAGUUCGAGCUGGAAGAAGUCACGUGGCCGAAAACGAAAGUUUUGGACUGAGGUGGUGAAAGAGGACCUGAGGACAUUCAGCGUAGACAGCCAGUUCAGGCGAGACAAGCUCGAGAAGAUUGGGCAGAGCUAUGUUCAAGGACAGCAAACCUCGGCAAAGAUGCGGGUAAUCGCGGCAGGAGAUGACAUCAGCCCGCCGAUUAAGUCAAAUCCUAAUUGGGAAAGGUCUCCUGGUCAUAAAAGAAAGUUCUGGUCGGAGGAGGUGAAGGAAGAUCUGAGGACGCUUGGCGUUGACAGGCAGUUCAGUCGAGACGUGAAAUUCCGCCGCUUGUGGAAUAGCGACGGAUGGGUAGAUUCUAUGCGAACUCUAGCUGAAGAUCGGACGGGAUAG